GUCGUUUUGUUGGUUUUUGGCUGGUUGUUCGCGAUAAAAACAAACGUCGUGCUUCCAGUGUCUCUGGCAGAAACAGCACAGCAGGAAACAGGUCUGGCGUAGGAUUGAGGCACAGGUCCAGGUCCAGAUCAAGUUCUAGAGAUAGAAAUAGAAAUAGAAAUAGAAACAGGGAUGGUUACAGGAGCAGACGCAGCGACAGGAACACCUCAUAUAAUGAUUACAGCAGAGGUGGCAACAAAGAGAGGUAUGACAGCCAUUACGAUUCAAGAGAAGUAAAUAGAGGAAGGUAUACUUCAAGAUCCAGAUCCAGAUCCAGAUCAAAAUCUAUCUCAAGAUCAGGAUCAAAAUCAAGAUCAGGAUCUUUCUCAAUGUCGAGAUCUAGGUCCAGGUCAGGAUCAAGAUAUAGUACAAAUUAUAAAAGUUAUAAAUCAAAUAAAAACUUUUCAAGAUACAGUGAUUCUAGGUCCAAAAAUUCUAGGUAUGAUUCAAGGAAUUACUCAAGAUAUGAUUCACGAUACAACUCGAGAUAUGAUUCGAAACCAAAUUGGAGACAUGAUAAAAAAUAUGAUAAUCCAUCUUCUCAUUAUAAUAAAGAUCGAUAUGGAAGAAGAUAUUCAAGAUCUCCAUCUCCCAAAAGAUACUCAUCAUCUAAAAACCGUAACAACACAUCUUUCAAUCCUUCAUCGAAACUGAAACCAGCAUCAACAUCAACAUCAACAUCAAAAUCAUUAUCCAGAUCUCUCUCCAGGUCUCCAGUAAGAUCAAGAUCAAGAUCAAGAUCUCACUCCAAAUCUAACCAUAACGCUUUAAUUUCAAAUCAAAAGGAAAUUCUUCGCGAUAAACCAAAUUUUAAAUCCUCUGGUUUAUUACAAAAGGAAUCAAGCUACAUCUCUCAAAUAAACAAUCAAUCCAAUCAGCCUCAUACUAACAUACAAAAUAUCAUUAAAAAUACUACAUCUGUUAAAUAUAAUGAACCGGCUGAUUCAAUUAUUCCUCCAAAUACCUCUUAUUACUAUUUAUUUAUCUUUAAAAACGCCAUCCAAUAUGAAAAUGAUAAUCAUGAUGACAAUGACAAUGACGAUGACAAUGAAAAACAAAAGGACAACCAAAAUCAAAAUCAUCUACAUUCCCCUAGUAGCAAAAUCAACCUAAGUAACAAUCACACUUCCUACAAUUUAUUUGGCAGAGACCAAAAUCUAGCUCAUAUUCUCUUAAAUCAUGAAUCUUGCUCAAAUCAACAUGCUGUGAUCCAAUUCCGAAAGAUUCCAAUCAAUUCUAAUAAUACUUUUAAUAGCGAUGUUUCUGAUAAUUUUUCAAUCAAACCAUAUUUAAUCGAUCUAGAAUCUACCAACAACACCUUUUUAAACGAUAAAAUUAUACCUCCAAGUAGAUAUAUUGAACUAAAAAAUCAAGAUAUAAUAAAUUUCGGCGAUUUACCCGAUGACUAUAUCUUUAUAACUGACCAAGUUUAAAUAUACUACACGCUAUAUAUUUUAUAAACUUUUAUUUAGAAUUAGAAUUAGAAUUAGAAUUCUAAUUAUACCGAUACAUUUUCUUAUAAAUCAAUGAAUGUUUUCUCUCUGGUGUUUUUAGUGUUUUCUUUCCUUACCACUAAACACUCAUAGUUUCAUUAAACAUCUAGUGUUUAUUAUGAAAAUGAUAUAUCAUAUAUUACUAGUUUUGAGUACCACCAAAUCUUGCAACAAAAUUUUCACCAGUAAAUUUGAGUUAAAAAUAACAGACAAAUUGAAUGUUUUAUGUUUUAUGUUUUAUGUUUUGAGAUUUAACUUUUUCAAGUUUUUUUAGCAUUUUUAGCUUUUCACCUUUUCCAUCUGAAAAAUCAUGAUAUUUAUCUGGUUUGAAUUAAUGACCAAUACCAAUAAAAACUUCAAAUCUGAG